AUGUCGACCUAUGAUUCUCUGCACAGGCAAUGUCAGACGCUGGAGUCGCUCUUCGACGUGAAACUCACUUCUUAUUCCCGACUCGCGGCCACCGUAACAUCUGGAGCGGAUGUUGAAGCUGGAGGAUCGGGUGAGCGGUGGAAAGACCUGGAGCUCGAGGUUGGGGACCUCCUGGAGAAGCUUGGGGAGACGAAUGACAAACUGUCGGAGCUUACGCACGACUCGGACAACCCGCUGUCGGCCUCCAUGUUAAGAACAAUACAGAGGCAUCGUGAGAUCUACAACGACUACGUCCGAGAGUUCAGGCGUACGAAGACGAAUGUACAACAUGCCUUGGAUCAAGCGAACUUGCUAAGCGGGGUACGGAACGAUAUUGAUGCUUAUAAGUCCUCAGCGGCAGAUGCCCUUCUUGCCGAACGGGGUCGAAUAGAUAGCUCCCAUCGGAUGGCUGACGACGUCUUAGCACAAGCAUACGAAACACGGGCAGAGUUUGGUCGGCAGCGGACGUCGCUGGCCAGCAUCAAUACCCGAAUGGCGGGUGUCCUGAACACUAUGCCAGGUAUUAACAACCUUCUAUCCAUGAUCAAGACUCGGCGGCGGCGAGACGCUGUCAUCCUUGGCGUUAUCAUCGGACUAUGUAUCAUAGCACUUUUGAGUUACACAUUCCAGUAAUGUAUCAGUAUACCCUCACUACACUCUAGUCUAUCCAUGCCAGUGUUCGGAUUGUAAUCCUUGUGCUUAAUUGAUACAUAUUGGACUAUCGAUACAAUAAUGUUCAUGCUUCAACUACUACUGGGGAGCUCAGCUGUCCAGCUCUGAAUCGUCACUCACCCACUCGUUCCUGUCCUUUGCCGACCUCAUCCUCGACUUCCUAUUACCACCCGUCACCCAUUCAGGUUUCUUCGAUUUCAGCGGCGAAGGGUGGUUACCCGCUUGGAAUGCCUUCCAAUUCUCCUCGAGCCUCUUCACGACCCCCCACUCCUCUUCUUUGCUACCGUCGUCGUAAUCCCACUGCUCUUCUAUUCGCCAACCUUUGAAGUUUGCUAUGGUUCUGAUCAUAUCCCAUGUGUACGGGGCACAGUAGUUGACAUCGUGAAUGUCAGAUUCGGCCAAUAGCCGGUUGGCUGCGCAGGCUUUGAUCAAAGCGACGUGGUUUGGUGAGCGACUGUUGAUACAAGUAGACAACGAAAGGAAGACGUUCGGAUGAACCCUCUCGAUGUCUUUCCACAUCUCGGGGCUCACUCCACAGCUGUGCAAGUCCACACUGAUCUCCCACCAAUUCUCCUUGAAUUUCUCGCUCAUGCUCUUCAGCAAGUCCGCAGUCGCUUGGUGGGCUUUCACGUCGUGCAAACUCACGUUCCUGCGCAGCUCCACC